GGUGGUGGCAGGAGCCACGUCCUCCUCAUUGAGUCUCAGAGAUCCCCACCCACAUUCCUCCAUCCUAGAAAAAGACAUCAAUGCCACGGUCCUCGAGGAUCCCUGGGGACCCAUUUGUCCUGCCUGAACAUAUGGCUUACAAUACCAGGCCCAGGAGGGGCAACCAGCGAAACCGGAACCCCUGCAGGGUGACAGAGGAGCCCACAGCAUGCAGGAAUGAUACCCUCCUAUUGCCUGCCCGCAUCAACACCCCAGCCAUCAGCCUGACGCACUCCAUGUUGGGAUGUGUGUCCUGGUUCAACUACCUGGCCUGCUUCCUGAGAACCCAGGCCCAGCAAGUCCUGUUCAACACCUGCAGGUGCAAGAUGAUCUGCCACAAGUUCAUGGAGAAGACAGGUGUUCUGGUCCUCUGCGCCCUGGGAUUCUGGGUAUUUUCUAUGCACAUACCAUCGAAAAUGGAAGUCUGGCAGGAUGACAGCAUAAAUAGUCCACUGCAGAGCUUGAGGUUGUACCAAGAGAAGGUGAGACACCACACUGGGGAAAUCCAGGACCUCCGAGGUAGUGUGAACCAGCUCAUGGCCAAACUCAAGGAGAUGGAAGCCAUGUCAGAUGAGCAAAAACUGGCCCAGAAGAUCAUGAAGAUGAUACACGGUGACUACAUUGAAAAGCCGGACUUUGCCCUGAAAUCCAUAGGUGCCACCAUUGACUUCGAGCACACGUCAGCUACAUACCACCAUGACAAGGCUCGCUCCUACUGGAACUGGAUCAGGCUGUGGAACUAUGCGCAGCCCCCAGAUGUGAUCCUUGAGCCCAACAUGACACCAGGCAACUGCUGGGCCUUCGAGGGUGACCGUGGCCAGGUGAGCAUCCAACUGGCCCAGAAGGUCUACCUCUCCAAUCUCACACUGCAGCACAUCCCCAAGACCAUCUCUCUGUCAGGCAGCCUGGACACCGCCCCCAAGGACUUCGUUGUCUAUGGCAUGGAGAGCUCCCCUGGGGAGGAGGUGUUCCUCGGGGCGUUCCAGUUCCAACCGGAAAACAUCAUCCAGAUGUUCGAACUCCAGAACCAGCAGCUGCAGGCCUUUGGUGCCGUCAAGGUGAAGAUCUCCAGCAACUGGGGGAACCCGCGCUUCACCUGCCUGUACCGCGUACGCGUGCACGGCUCUGUGUCCCCGCCCCCCAGAGCCCUGCCCUAG